AUGGAAAUGUAUGUAGUGUAUAAAGAAGAAGAAAUAAAAGAGUUUUCCAAAGUGGAAACAAAAAAAAAAAUUAAAACAAAAUUUAAAAAAUUUUCAUCGAGGAAAACUCAGUUCAGUCACCUGAUUCGUUAUAGGCCCAAAGCCAAAAACCGACGAAAACAUUAUGAUGUUGUAAUAAUAUUAGUCAACUGCUGA